CGCCUCUCGAUCUUUUUCUCUCUCUAAAAUUCAAAUCUUGUACCGUCUCUGGUUCCCACUCAUCCCAUAUCUCUAAACCUGUUUUUUCCUUCGGAUUUUGGGUACUUUCUCGCUCAUUCAAAUCUCUCUCUCUCAUCCCUAGCUUCCGGUUAUUGCCCCACCAUGAUUCCAGCCAACCCCUGCUUUUCCUCAUAAGAUUUCAUCUCUCUAUCUAAGUCUACUGGAUCCUGCUCUCCCAAAAGGUCUCUCUCUCUCUCUCUCUCUCUCUCUCUAGUUCAAAACUCGAAGACCUUUUUCCUGUAUAUUUCUACUCUACUCCACCCAUCAUUUUCUUCUUGUACUUUCGAAACUCCACCAUUUUCUCCCCUGGUUUUCACCCUGCCUACUUUCUCCACAGCUUUCGAUUGCUUCCCCACCUACUAUUUCUUCAAAAUAACUGGGUAUUUCUCUCUCUAGGAUCUCAUAACAACUGGGUUUUUCCCUCUCUGUGCUAUAUAAGCUGGAAUGGCUCAGGUAGUCAUGGUGUCCAAGCUAUGUCCAGGCAGAGGAAACAGUGGGGAAGUUGGAAAAGAGAGAGGGGAUCAGAGAGAGGAUGAGAGUGCACAAAUCUCUCUGCUUGCUCUUCUCUUGGACACUUUUAGGAGGUCUUUGGUGUCCUGCAGAGUGAGAGAAGAGGGGGAAAAGCCACAGAGACAGAUGGAGAUCGGCUGGCCGACGAAUGUGCGGCAUGUCGCGCAUGUUACCUUCGAUCGCUUCAAUGGUUUCCUCGGCCUUCCAGUUGAGUUUGAGACCGAAGUACCUCGGAAGGUCCCAAGUGCUAGUGCCAGUGUGUUUGGGGUCUCAGCUGAAUCAAUGCAGUGCUCUUAUGAUUCAAAAGGAAAUAGUGUGCCCACCAUUCUCUUACUCCUUCAAGAACGCUUAUAUGCACAGGGAGCCCUCAAGGCAGAGGGAAUUUUUCGAAUAAACCCUGAAAACGGUCAGGAAGAGCAUCUGAGGGACCAGUUGAACAAGGGAAUUGUUCCUCAUGACACAGAUGUUCACUGUUUAGCAGGUUUGAUAAAGGCUUGGUUUCGUGAGCUUCCCUCUGGUGUGCUUGAUGGUCUCUCUCCCGAACAAGUUCUUCAAUGCAACACAGAGGAGGAGUGUCUGGAAUUGGUGAAGCUUCUCCUUCCCACACAGGCUGCGCUGCUGAAUUGGGCAGUUAACCUCAUGACUGAUGUUGUUGAAGAAGAGGAAUUCAAUAAGAUGAAUGCAAGGAAUAUUGCCAUGGUCUUUGCACCUAAUAUGACUCAGAUGGCUGACCCAUUGACAGCAUUGAUGCAUGCUGUUCAAGUCAUGAACUUGCUCAAGACCUUGAUUUUGAGAUCUCUCAGAGCACGCCAAGAAACUGAAACAGGAGGUUACUCGCCAUUUUUCUCUUCGCCAGAUCAACAUGCUCAUGACGAAGAUGAAAAUGAUGAUGCUGAUUUUGAUGACGAUUAUGAUGGGUUCGACAGUCAGCAAGAGUCAGUGGGCAUGAGCUGUGAAUUGAGGGCAAGCGAUUAUGAUGAAGAGGAGGGGCACGACAGUCCUGAGUGUAGAGAUGGGGGUGAAGAUAUUGAAUGCUUCUUAAGGAGCCUCAAUGAAAAGGAAGCCCAUUUGAAUGAACCUGACUUGUUGGGAAGAAAAAUUGGAAGUGACUGUUCUAUCAGUCCUAGCAGUGGAUCAAGCAGCCGAGCAUCAAUGAGAAUUGAAAAACCUUUAAAGUUGAGUGAAGUCAAUCUCAAUGUCGAGUCUAAAACAUCAAUUCCUGAAAGCAAGAAUGAAAGCUCAAUCACAAGUGUGGAAGAGAGUGAAGAAUCAUCAGAAGAAAUUUAUAGUGCAUCCAAGAAGAAGUGCUCUAUGGAGAUCUGUAGAUAGUACCAUUGCGAAAGAAAUGGUUGGGGUUUGCAUGGAGCAUGUUAAUGUUCCUUUUGUUGCUAUUGUGCCAGGGUCUGGGUAACUAACAUCGGUUUCUUUGAGGUUGGUGAGGUUAUUAGAAAAAGAUUUUGGUUUUCUGAAAUAUCCAUGGCUCUUUACGCCUGUAAAUCGCUUUAUCUUGAUUGGUUUUGUCGAGUGGGGUUUGAAAAUUGAGAGUAGUUGUGGAAUGUGACUGACCAAUUCAGCUUCAAGCUGAGAGUUACUUGCUACGAAUGUGUUGAUUCCCUGUUUCCUUUU